CCGAAACUGAAAAACAUGGCUAUUUCUCAAGAGCUGCUUCUAAAAAUGUCAUCAAAACCUGGCUUAAAUAAUAACGUAAGUGCACAUAUUUUCGUAAGUUUACAUGUGGUGGAAUAUGUAAUGUGUAAAUAGUAUGGCUGGGGAUUCAAGUCUGGAAUGUGAUUUGACUGUCUUCUCAACUUGUUCGCUUGUUUUCUUUUCAGAAGAGCCGACAGAACUUUUAUUGUAUCUGCUGUCCUCACUCCCGACCAAGCUAUUUAUAACGUAUUUGUGCAUUGUUGUUCUGGAAACACAGCUGAUGUAUUCUAAAAUCCAUAUGAGGGCAAUGACAUCAACAAAAAUGUCACAGAAUAGAUGACAGGCUUUAGAGUUCUCCAGAACUCUUAAUCAGGCUAGACAGUAAUAAACUUGAGUCAAAAAAUGGAACGUGGGAGAGAGGAGAGGCAGCCAUCAUUCAAAACAGAUUUCAGUAGGGGGUGCGUGCAGGUUUCAGAUUGCACAUAAGACUGAUGGACUGAAGAAAUUAAUAAUAGUAGUAGUAGUAGUAGUAGUAGUAGUAGUAGUUCAUUUAUACCUUGCCCACUCUGGGCGGCUUCCAACAAAGGAUAGGUCAUUAAAAACUUCCCUAUACAGGGCUGCCUUCAGAUGUCUUCUAAACGUCAGAUAGAAAUACAGUGGUGCCUCACAAGACGAAAUUAAUUUGUUCCGCAAGUUUUGUCGUCUUGCGAUUUUUUUCGUCUUGCGAAGCAUGGUGUCGGGAAAGUUUUGGAAAAGCUUCAAAAAUCACCAAAGUCUUUAAAAACCUCAAAAAAGGCUACCACACCGCGUUCUAUGAGUUGCUCCUCGAAGUCAAGUCGCAACUGUAUUAACGGUGUUAAGAAAAAGGAAACAAACUUGCAAGACGUUUCCGUCUUGCGAAGCAAGCCCAUGGGGAAAAUCGUCUUGCGAAGCAGCUCACAAAACAAAAAACCCUUGCGUCUUGCGAGUUUUUUGUCUUGCGAGGCAUUCGUCUUGUGAGGUACCACUGUACACAAUGGUCCAUCCCUCAUUUAAAAAAAAGGUAAAAUCCACAUUUGUCUCCAGCCUUAGGCAAAACAAGCAGGUUCCAAAAUAGCACAAAUAGCAUGGAAGCAUUUUGGAAGUGAUUGUGUGGCUCUGGUGGGAGUGAGCGCUCAAUUAACAACAACAACAACAACAACAACAAAACAACAGCAGCAUGGUCUGCACAGACUAAACUAGCCCCACAGAUGGCCAUAAAAGAGGUUGUCCUCUCUGCCAGCCAAGCCAUUCACAUUGCUGCCAUUUAUAUCCCCCCAACUCCCACUUUCUAAUGAGCAAGACACAAUUUAUAUAAAUAUAUUGAAGUUAACACAUCUAGCAUGUCGCGUGGCAGCGUUUCUUCUGGUUCUCUAUAAAUUCAUUUUGGCUUAAUUAAACAUUAAGAAUUGUGGUUCGAACAGUACCAUUUGAGUCACAAAGAGAUACUUUUUAGGGUGGGGCUGCCUCUGUGCUGCUCUCACUUCCCCAAAAGUCUUCUUCUGUUUGGAAAGAUAACCAACAGAGAGGGUAGAAGCAAUAGCCGGGACAGCUGGAUAACCAAAACCAGCUAGGAAAGGAUGUGGUUAGUUGAGAUCAAUUUUACAUAUACAUUUUAAUUUAUUUAUUAUUUAACAAGAUGCAUAUGCAGCUUAAUCAACAAAACCUCCAAGCUGUUUACAGAAAACAAUAUAGAAUUUUCAUUUUAAAAUGCCCAUCAAAUCAAACGUUAAAAACAAGUACAGUGGUACCUUGGUUCUCAAACGCCUUGGUACUCAAAUGACUUGGAACCCAUACACUGCAAACCUGGAAGUAAGUGUUCCGGUUUGUGAACCUUUUUUAGAAUCCGAACAUGCUCCGUUUUGAGUGUUAUGCUUUCGAUUUGAGUUUUACGCUGAGGUCUGCCUGUUUUUGCUAUUUAUUUUGCGUUUUUGUUUUUGCAGCUCUUUUUGUUUUGUUUUUGUGACUGUGUGGAACCCAGUUCAGCUACUGAUUGUUUGUGUGAAUGCAGCACAUUAUUUAUUGCUAUCAUUUUAUGGAUCAAUGGUCUCGUUAGUAAAAUUCAUGUUAAAUUGCUAUUUAAGGGGUUGUUUUUAAAAGUCUGGAAUGGAUUAAUCUGUUUUGCAUUUCUUUCUAUUGGAAAGCGCGCCUUGGUUUUGGAACGCUUUGGUUUUGGAAUGGAGUUCUGGAACGGACUAAGUUUGAGAACCAAGGUACCACUGUAGACAUAAAGGUUAGGGAAAGGUAAAAGGGACCCCUGACCAUUAGGUCCAGCUGCGGACAACUCUGGGGUUGCGGUGCUCAUCUCACUUUAUUGGCCGAGGGCUUUAUUGGCGUACAGCUUCCGGGUCAUGCGGCCAGCAUGACUAAGCCACUUCUGGUGAAGCAGAGCAGUGCACAGAAACGCCGUUUACCUUCCCACCGAAGCGGUACCUAUUUAUCUACUUGCACUUUGACAUGCUUUCGAACUGCUAGGUUGGCAGCAGCAGGGACCGAGCAACGGGAGCUCACCCCGUCACGGGGAUUCGAACCGCGACCUUCUGAUUAGCAAGCCCUAGGCUCUGUGGUUUAACCCACAGCACCACCCACCCACGUCCCAGACAUAAAGGUUAUCAAGAUAUAAAUAAAAUUGAUCUUUAAGACAAAUCCACAAAACAAAAUUACAUGUCCGAGCAGGCUUGCCUAACAAAACAUUUUUAGCUGGCAUCCAAAACGAUACAGUGCAGGCACCUGUCCAGCACUUUAUUAGAAAGUACCUCUUACAAUGCAGCCGUAAUCAUGUUUACUCAGUAGUAAGUCACUCUUAGUUCAAUGGGACUCUCAGGUUAGAAUGGACACUUUGAGUGCAGUCCCAACUCCUGCCACCUACCAGGGGGGAUUUGUGGAGCAACAGAAACACAGUCGCAUCGACAGCUCUGCCACUCAUUGCAGUUAUGGUGGAAGGCAGUUGGGUGGGCCAAGUGGACCUGAAUUGGAGUCUAAUGCAGUCAGGCCACAGCUGUGAGACUGGCUCAGCCCUGCCCCUUCCCUGACUUUUGGGGGCUCUACGCUGGCCCCUGUAAAUGGGGGUACUGUCAGUUGGCCUCUCAACUACCCAUACAUUUUGAAGGUCAGUAAGGGACGCGGGUGGCGCUCUGGGUUAAACCACAGAGCAUAGGACUUGCCGAUCAGAAGGUCGGCGGUUUGAAUCCCCGUGACAGGGUGAGCUCCUGUUGUUUGGUCCCAGCUCCUGCCAAUCUAGCAGUUCGAAAGCAUGUCAAAGUGCAAGUAAAUCAAUAGGUACCACUCCGGCGGGAAGGUAAACAGUGUUUUCGUGCGCUGUUCUGGUUCGCCAGAAGCGGCUUAGUCAUGCUGGCCACAUGACUCGGAAGCUGUACGCCGGCUCCCUCGGCCAGUAAAGCGAGAUGAGCGCCGCAACCCCAGAGUCAGUCAUGACUGGACCUAAUGGUCAGGGGUCCCUUUACCUUUACCUUUACCAAUGAAGAACUAAUCCCCCCCUACCCAGCCAUGUGUUGAGGGUGGUGCUUGUAGUUCUGAUGGACAAAAGCAGUGAUCCAUUUGUAUUUUAAAUGCCCUUUUUAUCUUUACAGCCUUUUGAAAGUUUCUGGCUUAGAACUGUCAGAGGAAAUGCCCUUCUUCCUCAAAAAACUAUGUCCGAAAGAAGACUUCCAAGAAGAUUUUGACAACACAAAAAUACGCAAAACAACAUUACUAUUGUUUAGUUUCAAAAAGGAAGAAAAGCUGAUUUGGGAAAUAUGGGGCCAUGUAUACAAUGAACCUGGUGGCAAGCAUGCUGAAGUUUUAGUUUUAGAUUAUAUUGAAGACCAAAUCGCAGAAAACAUAACCAAAGAAAAUUAUGAACUGAACCUUUUUGUGUCAUACACUCCUUGCCAUGCAUGCAGUGUCAGGAUAAAAUCUUUUAUGGAAAAAAACAGUGGAAUAUGCAUGGAAAUAAAAGCUUCGAGGCCAUAUUAUUUUGACAGAGAAGGAGAACAAAAAGGUCUACACCUUCUGAAGAGCUCUGGGGUUUCGAUUAAAAUGAUGAACAAAUCUGAUUAUGAAGAAUGCUUUGCUCUAUUUGUACACCCAUCAGAAAACUUUACGCCAUGGUCAGAUCUGGAUGAACAAAGCAAGAAGAAUGCAAUUUAUCUGGACACACUUUUGAAACAGGUAAAAGGGAGGUGGAGACAUUACAAAACUUUGACCCAGAUCAUAGAUGAUAAAAUGAUACACAAAUUUUGUUGGGUUGUAGAAGGACAGAGGGCCUUCCAAAUGCUUGUUCUAAGGGAAAUCCACCAAGUCAAUUCUAAGAAUGAUAAAAACCCCUUCUGAACCUUUUGGUUCUGCAUUGUCCCCUAAUACAGUCCAGUCAUACCUUGGUUUUUGAACAGUUUAAUUCUUGAAAGUUUUGGCUCCUGAAUGCCAAAACCUGGAAGUGACUGUUCCAGUUUGCCAACUAUUUUUGGAAGCUGAACGUCCGACGGGGCUUCCGUGGCUUCCGAUUGGCUGCAGGAGCUUCAUGCAGCCAAUCAGAAGCCGCGCUUUGGUUUCUGAACAUUCUGGAAGUUGAACAGACUUCCGGAGCAGAUUCUGUUUGACUUCCAAGAUACGACUGUACAAUAUUUCCUAUAAGUGCAGAUCUACCAUUUGCUUUGAAACGCAGUUGGAAGCUUACUAAGUUUAUUAUUAGUUUGCCUUAAAUUUCAACCAGAUUUAUAUGAAACACACACAAACAGAAAAUCUAUUUCACUUUGAAUGUAAAUUAUUAUGUUAUCAGUGUUAAACACUGAUAAAGUACCUAAAGUUUUCUAAGAACUGGAGAGUGCCAUUUAUUUAUAAAUUAAAUGCAAGCAGUUCAUAUAAAGUACAGGAAACAUUUUGAGAGUGGCACGUUUCCUUGGAUACAGUGUUGCUAAAAUGCCAAAUAAAGUUCCUGGGAUUAGAGCUGGGAAGGGAGGGUUCAAAUUUGCUAGUUUUACUUUCUCAUGUUUCUAAAUCUUAUCUCAGUUCCGCAUAUGUGCAUCAGCUUGCUUUUAAAGAAUUAAAGUCCACACAAUAUCCAUACAUUUCCAUGUGUGUUUGUUCUAUUUUGCCUAAUAUAAGCAUUUUUUGCAAGCCAUUUCCCCUAAUAUAAUGCAUUUUUGUACUUUAUUUCUACUAAUAUACUCAUUUGUGUGUAUUCCCCCCCCCAAUGUAUGCAUUUUUUUGUUGGAGAAUUGCACUGCAGAUUUCAAUAUGUGGGAAUGUUGAAGGAAGGAAAUCUACAUUUAGGUUUGUGUAUCAGUUUGGGAUGAGCAAAGUGAACCAGAUUAAUUUCUCCCCCACAAUCUGUUUCUCAUAUGCAUGAACAAAACCGGCCAACCCUAAACUGCAUGCAUGUUCAGAAUUGCAUGGACAAAUGUUAACAUGAACCAGGUCCUACAACAUGGAUUUUGCCACAGCAAAUUUAAUGACAGCUGGAAACAGAGCUACCACAAUUACAGAAAUAGCUGCUGGCUAUUAUCAUGUUUCAGGAAGUGAGAAUUUGAUAGAUUGGCCUUUAAAUGCAAACUGAAUAGAAUCUCUCUCCCAUCCCUAGUCAAGGAUGAUGGGAUUUGUAGUUCAAAACAUCUGGAGGGCUUCAUGUCAGCUAGCCCUGUGCUACAGUCUUGGCUUAUUUAUGCUUUUAUGUGUAUACUGUAUCAAUCUGUUUAAUGUUCAGCAACAAGUCAAUUUUAUACUGUAAAAUUCAGUUGUGUGUAUGGUAACAUACAGAGGAGAUUAUGGACUCAAAAUACAGCAUUAUAAAUGUGUUAUAACACAGUGACACCAGAUGAAAUUGCAACUCAGUGAUAUUUUUAAUUGUAAGCUUUACAAUGGUUUUUUGCAGAGCAUUUAAAGAGUGUUUUUUAUAGCUGUGUAGAUCUAGCCUAUGCUAGCCAUAUAUCUUCACGAAUGCUUCAACUUAACCAGUGAUCUCUUAUAUAGUCCUCUGCCCCAACUUGUGUUAUUGUUUUUUUACCCCAGGAGGAAGAAAAUGACAAAAUGAUUGAUUCAGACAGCAUUUCAGGUAAUGUCAACAGUAUAUUAAAUUUAAUAGAAACUCAGUGUGCUGUAUCCAGUGGUGUCCUUAGAACCGACAACAGUUCUUAGAUCCAGUGAUGGCUUUGCUCGGAACAAUGGGGAGGGUGAGAAUUUUUGCCAGUUUCCCCUCUCUCCCAGACAGCUCCCCCUGACCCUCUUGAGCUCAUGUUAGGGGAACAUUGGGUGUUGCAGGGAGUUACACUGAGAGAACACUCUACUACAGGCAUGGCCAAACUUGGCCCUCCAGUUGUUUUGGGACUACAACUCCCAUCAUCCCUAGCUCACAGGACCAGUGGUCAGGGAUGGGAUGAUGUAGUCCCAAAACAUCUGGAGGGCCAUGUUUGGCCAUGCCUGCUCUACUAGAUCAAAGAGCUGUUGGUAUGGAGGACACCACUAGACACUGGGGUCUGAUGAAACUUAAAGAAGCAAGCCUACAGAAAAUUAUAUUUCCUGAAGUUCAAAAUGUGAUUGUAACAGGUUGUUUUAAAAAUGAUUUUAGCUCGUACAACACAACUUGGUGCCCAAGAAAAUUCCAAACCAGAUCUUCCUUUGGAUGGUCACUGUCAAUCACCAGCAAUGGAAAGAAAUCAGCUAUCAGAACCAGAGACUCCUCAGAAAUUGAACCGUUCUCCUGGAACAAGAGCAGCAGUCUCAGGAAUUAAAAGGAAACUUGAUUUCCCAGAAGACUAGAAACGUGGAUGUAAGAUUUCCCUUUCGAUAUUAGAACCUUUGCACCUUGUUCUAAGAAAAAAAGUUAUAGGAAUCUAUGUUGGGAAUUGCCAUCAGUUUCCCGGAUGCACCUAUAAUGGAUGCAUGACAGACAGAGGGGUUUAGAUUUUCUAGUAUUACUGGGCUGAGUGCUGUUUGAAUGUUGCCACUGGCAAUUGCUAUCUAUGUUUUUUGUUGUUAUUUACCAUAGUUUUCCGUCUAUAGGAUGCCCCCAUGUAUAAGAUGCCCCCUAUUUUUGGGUCUCCAAUUUAAGAAAAUGGGGGGAGAUAGCACAUAGUAGUUGUUGAGCUUUUUUUGCAGACGAUUGCCCAGUUAUUGAGCUUUUUGGGGGGUGGAAUUGCCAAAAAUCACUCACCCACCGCUGACAAUCAAUCCCACUAUUGACACAGAGGCAGCCAUUCGCUAGCAGCCCUUCACACUGCCACAAAUCACCCGCCCUGUCGCCACAGAAAAUCUCCUGCUCGCGGCUGCUACCAAUUGCCCAACCGCCCUCUGCACUACCCGUGUAUAAGACAAGGGCAAAUUUUCUCUGGUCAAUGAGCUUCCCAAUGAACGUCAGUCCUGACACCCCGCUCCCAGGAUCAAGAUGGUGGAAAAUUACUUUGCUUUACACUCUCUUCUGCAGGUUUAAACAGUCCGGAAAAAAUCCCCCCCUUCUCCUGCUUCCGAAGGGGGUUCAACAAUUUUAAAUGAUGAAAGUUAAUCCUUUACAAGCGAUUUUCUGAACUCUAGUUUGCCAUGUCUUUGCUUUAAUCUAUCUACAAGAAAAGGAAGGCUGACUUUCUGUUUAGACCUUCCCGUUUCAGUGCCAAAUUGAGAUGAAUUUCUUAGUCCAAUUUUCCUUUCUACUCGCAGGUCAUUAUUUAUAGUCCAAUUGUCCGAAAUUAAAGUACUCACGGGUGAUUGUUUUAAAAGCCAAAUUGUCCCAGGAAAAGGCAGCGCUCUCCGGCAACGGCUGUGCGGCUUCGCUCCACGGAAGAAGCAGUUGACUCUCAGCACCGCGCCACUUCCCCCUCUUCGCUCCGGAGCCCUUAAGUGGGUUCCUUUACGGGUUGGGGGGGCGCUAAAGGUGCCUGCCGAGUCCCAUGGUCACAGGCUUCAUCCGCCUGUGAUUUUUGAAAGGGUCCCCGCUUCGCCGUAGCGGGAAAGACCCGUUUUCCGUGGAGCUGGUCCCUCCGAAUCAGAGGGAAUCCGCCAUUACCGAUGGCGCCACCCCGGCAGAUAGUUAAAAGAAGAGAAACAUAGUGAUUCCAUUGGAGGGCCAGAUUUGAUGAAGUGAGGGCCGACCAAAGUUGUUGAGCUUUUUUUUAGGAUUUUACCCCAGGACAUAUACUGCUACGGGGGCUGGAUUAAAUCGACCGACUGGCCAGAUUAGGCCCCUGAAACAGACUUUGGACAUGCCUGACCUAAGUCCAUGAUCGGUCAGAAAUGAAUGGAUGGAGGCAGGAUGCAGUGAAAGCAAGGCAGAUCUUUAUUUUCCUGUUGCAACAGAGUUCCCUCCCCUCCUUGCAAGGAGGCAAGAGUGACCCUGAACCAAGAAGAAACAUCUCUUUUUAAGGGUUUGCAUUUUGGCUUGGAGAAGGACACCCCCCCACACACAAACAGCCAGAAAUUACAUCACACAUAAGGUGGGGUUACUGUGCCUCAGGCAGGCCAAGGCGUGAUACUCCUGAGGAUUUAGCAAGUUUUACAUAGUUCCAGACAGUUUACAAAAAACAUUAACAUUUGAUAAGAUAAUCAGGACGCCCAUCAGGCAUCCCUCAAUGCAGAGCAUCUGGGCAGGCAAUGACAAUUAAUACAAAGGAGGUUCAUAGAUAUAGGAAAGGAAUCCCUUCAGGAACUUCCCCUGAUUGUUAUCUGCCUACCUGGUCUCAGGCAAGGGGGAUUAAGGAGGCAGAGGAAAUAUUUAGAAUCUUUAGGAGAGCCUUUUGGAUUGCUUUUGGAUUGCUCCCCUGUACGGCAUGUGGUUUAUAUACUUAGGUAUGUGUGUGUACCUUGUGCAAUUAUCAACAUUUGUUCUAUAUUUAAGACCUUAGAAUUCCUAUAACAGCUUUAUAAUACCCUCAUUUUUUUCUUUGUAUGCCUGUAUUUUGAUAUAUAUUGUAAUUUUUAAAAACUUGGGUUUGGAGGAAUAAAGCAAUUCUGAUGG